GACAUGAUUAACCCUCUUAUUCUCCCUGGGAUUUUACUUCUUAUCUCAGAUGCUGGAAUUGGGAGUAUGAAUAUCCGAGUGAAAUCUGGAUCACCUGGAAUUAUUCCCUGUCUAUAUGAUAAAAAACAUAAAGAAAACCGUAAAUACUGGUGUAAGGGGACACAUUGGGUUUCGUGCCAAAUACUGGCGUAUACAAAUGAGCCAGGAGAAUAUUCCCUCACUGAUUAUCCAGCCCAGAGUAUUUUUACAGUGCAGUGGAAGAAUCUGAAGACCUCAGACUCUGGAUAUUACUGGUGUGCUGUUGAGAUCGGUGGCUCUCCAGAUGACGGGUAUUAUUUGAAUCUGAAGGUUCAGUCAGCUCCUGAUGUGUCUGUGGCGAGCAGCAGUGUCUCUGGACAUGAAGGUGGUGAUAUCAGUGUUCAGUGUCUCUACAGUUCUGGAUAUCAGAAUAAAGUCAAACAGUGGUGCAGAUAUAAAGAUAAGAGAUGUUACACAGUGGGGAGGACUGACACAUCCCAGAAUUCAUCAGUGCAGAUCAGAGAUGAUGAUGGGGGAAGAUCCUUCACUGUGCUGAUGACUGGACUGAGACGGACUGAUUCUGGCUGGUACUUCUGCUCUGUAGAAGAUCUGCAGGUUCCUGUUCAAAUCACAGUCACUGAACCCAAAAGAGCAUUUACAACUAUUGCAGCAGCUCCACCAACUCCCUCUGAGGCAGACAUAGACACAACACAACAAUCUACCAACAGGAAUCCUACAAGUGUGAAUAAAAUAAUAUACAAUAUGACAACUGAUUCAAGACCAGAAACACACAAGUAAGUGUGAACAACAUUAUUCAGUCGUUCA